CCAACUUAAAAUAUCACCUAUAUCUACUAAUAUCUUAUAUCUACUAAUGUCUCAAAUAGGUCCAGGUAAAUGAGUCAUACCAAAUACUCAGGCUAUUGGAGCCAUCGAAGUGAAUUUAGAACACUUUGGAUAUGUUGGAUAAAGUACUUGUAUUAAACUGUUUCAAAUACAAAUAAAAACCAAAGUGUUAUCUCAUUUGAUCUUGAUAUUUUAGACAGACCGGAGGCCGUAUUUCUACAGGUCCAAUUCUAUGUCGACGCAGCGUCGACCACCACCUUCCCCGCGGUCCCCACCGCCGAAAGUGACCCCGAUUCGUGGAUUAACCAGCGCUCACUUCUUACGUGAACAAGCACGUCAAGAAGAGCGGUACUCGAUCACAGCACUGGAAUUAAUAUCUGGGUAUACCUUGCAGGGCUCCACCCAGAACUGUUCCGAGACCGCACUGUCUGUAUCCACUCAGAUAACACUGGAGCGAUAGAAGAUCUCCGUUCGCGCACAUCUAGUAUACUUGAAAUACUUAGUCAACUCAGGCUCUAAUCGGAGAUCGAGCCCGCCCAUGAUAUACACGUCACGGCGACUCACAUCCUAGUGAUCGAAUACCUCAGGCACGGCUAGCACAGCCCAACCUGAAAUCACUACCAUCAUCACUCACUAGUUUAAUAGCCCAGUGGACCUAAGUGAAAGAUUUAAUGUGUGAAUGAAACAGAUCACUGUAGUUAACUUUGCCCAUCUGCAAUAAUGUACUUACGUUCUCAAAUUAGCUUCUAGGAGAAAGACCCUCUCAGAAAAAAACGAGAACGAUAUAUACGCACUACACACGACCCACACUUAUAGGUAGCAGAUUGUAGACUCUGAAUUGUUUAAAGUUUUCCACAUCUUUGAAUAAGUCUGUAUGUGCUAUAUAAUCUUUCAAGAUAAGUCUAUCUGUGGUGCAAACUGUGAUGCGUGAUUGGUGUGGUAUUGAC